AGAUGCCUGGGAUGUUUUGAGAUUAGCAUCUUAUCAAAAGUUGUAGCAGUAAUGAGUCAUAAUACACUGGUAACUCUGUGGACAUUGUUGUCUCUGGUUCCGAUCUCCACCUGCGUCGACCUCACCUACCAUGUGGAGGAGGAAAAGAGUGAAGGAAGCUUUUUAGGAGAUAUUGCAUCGGAUUCACAUUUGCUACACAAUGUACAUCUGGAGGAUCACCAUUUGAUUACAUUUAGUCAACUUCUGCGUAGCACCACCAAAAGUUCAGGGCUGUUCAAUGUUUCAAAGACAGGAAAAUUAUUUACGGCUAGAAAGCUGGAUGCUGAGUCUCUUUGUAUGUACAACACAGAAUGUUUCAGGAUAGUGAAAGUUGCUGUUAAAAGAGCUGAAACAUUUAUGAAAAUACUUAAAAUCAAGGUAAUAUUAGAAGAUAUUAAUGACCAUAAACCUCAAUUUCAAAAGAAAGAAAUAACAAUAGAAUUUUCUGAAGAUGAUAGCAAAGGAGCCAGAAGAUCAUUACCUAAUGCUGUAGAUAAAGAUGUAGGGCUUUUGAAUUCACAGAUUACAUAUCAGUUAAAGAAAAAGAAAGAUGAGCCAUUUACAUUAACAGUUUCUAAGAACCUGGAUGGCACCUCAGAAUUGUCCAUCAAUUUAGGAGAACGACUAAAUCGAGAAGUAAAAGAUAUUUAUUCACUUCAAGUAAUUGCAAAAGAUGGAGGAUAUCCUACAAAACAAAGUAUUCUAGGUGUAAAGAUUUCAGUUACUGAUGUCAAUGAUAAUGUUCCUAUUUUCUCACAGAAUAUCUACAAUGUUUCAAUAAAAAACGAACUACAUCAAGAAGCCCCUAUUGUUGUUCUCUCAGCAAAAGAUAUGGACAUUGGAGAAAAUGCAAAUAUCACUUAUCACUUUACACUGAAAACAUCAGAUAUUGCUAAAGAUCACUUUAAACUCAAUAAACAAACCGGAGAAAUUUUCCUACAAAAGAUAUUUGCAUUGGGUCAAACAUUGGUUCAUAAGCUAUUCGUUCGAGCUACUGAUGGAGGACGACCUCCUUUGAGUUCAAUUGCAAUGGUUGUUGUUAAUGUGGUGAACCAGCAAAAUAAUGCACCAAAUAUAGAUGUGAACUUUGUUAGCGCAUUAACUGAAAACAGAGUGGCUAUUUCUGAAGAUAUCAAAAUAGGCAGUUUCAUUGCUUAUGUAAUGGUCACUGAUAAUGAUAUUGGAGAGAAUGGUGAAGUCACUUGUGAUCUAAAGCAUAAAACCUUUCAGCUUUUAAGUUUAGGGUCCAAAGAAUAUAAAGUAAUUGUAAAACAAGCUGUUGAUAGGGAGAAAGAGGAUAAUUAUGAUAUCACAAUAUCUUGUCAAGACAAAGGUACCCCACCCUUAAAAACAGAGAGCAAGUUCUCAAUUCAAGUAUUAGACGUCAAUGACUUAAGGCCACAGUUCUCAAAACAAACUUUCAAAUUUUUGACCUACGAAAACCAGAAACCAAAUUUUCCAAUUGGCUUUAUUAAUGCCACUGAUCAAGACACAGGAGUUGGAGGAGAGUUAACUUAUUUCUUAUUAGAAAGCAAUAAAAAUUACCUUCCUUUUAAAAUUACAAAAAAUGGUUUUAUAUCAACUACAAGAACAUUAGAUUGUGAACAAAAAGAAAUUUAUAAAUUUAAAGUUUUAGUAAAAGACAACGGAAUUCCUUCUUUAAACAACACAGCAAAUGUUAUUGUUGAAGUUAUGGACGAGAAUGACAAUGCUCCAUAUUUUGUUUUCCCUAACAUUAAUCCUUUCAGUCUUGAUAUUUUUUAUCAUCCUCAGUCAAAGAAUAAUAUUACUGUUCUGAAAGCUUCUGACAGAGACAGUCGAAUGAAUGCUUUUCUCAGGUAUGAAAUAGUGGGAGGAGAUGACAAGCUGAUGUUCAAAGUGAAUCCUUACACUGGUCACUUGUCAUUCUCUCGUCCAAUUUACCAAACUGAUGCUGGGACAUACAGGCUAAAAGUAGCUGUCAAAGAUAAUGGUACUCCCACACUAUCAGCAACAACUACACUGUCUUUGAAAGUCAUAUUAAGCAAUAACACAUCAGAAAUGCUCACUGCAACAUACAAACAAACAGAUGGAAUGAUAAAUCUUAAUUUAGCCAUUGUUAUUGUUGUUGUAGCAGUAAUAUUAUCAGUGGCUCUUGUUAUUUUCAUAACAGCUUGUGUUGUCAGAUACAACAAUUUGAAAAAUACCUCUCAUGGGGCAAAAUUAAAUCAUAUGAAUAAGUUUUGUAGAGAAAAGAGGAACUUAAUAUCAGAGACAAGUAAUUCUAUUGUGACAUUAAGAAGUCCAGAUGACAUAAGAAGUAGCCAGAUGUUUAGAUCACGCAGUCAACUUUAUCCAGAUGUUGAAUCACAAAACGACUGGGAUUCCUCUUCAUCCAGAACAUUACCAGCAACUACUCAGAUGUGUAUCCAGCGAAUAGCAACUACAGACAGCAUACUAGAAGAUAGUACACUUAUGAUUCCAAGUCUUAGGAGAGAGACUCUGUCUUCUCAUACUGAUUUCGGACAUGGUUGGAGUGAAGGUGACUCCGGAGAGUAUGAAGAGAUUCCAGAUUCCUGCACUCCAUUGGUGAACAAGCCCAGAUCUAAUCUACAACCCAUAACCGUUAUCAAACCUUUAUGAAAGAUGUAUAUUCAGUUGCUUUAGAGUCUACCUAAAACAAGUUUUAAAGAGAACACCCAAUAAAGCCAAACACUAUGAAAUUGUUGUUGAUAAAAAUAAUUGGUAUACUGUUCCAGAUAUGAUAGAAGCUGAGAAUAUAUAUAUUUCCAGCUUGUCAUUUUUUUUGUUACUAUAUUGAUAAUAUUGUUCUGUCUGUAUGCCAAACUAUAUCAUUAAUACAUUCCAUUCAAACAAUACAGUGUAAAUAUCAUACGCACUCACCCUGUAACAUAUGUUGUACUAUCCCAGCCUUAUAAAUGUAAUUUUCUGAUCAAAUCUGAAAUGUAUGGAGGACAAUGUUUUAUACAAUACCUAUAACUAUAAAAAAAAAUUGAAAAAAAAGUGAUAUAGCCUUUGAUAUAACUUGUACAUAACACUAAUACUUGUUUAUGUUCACAAACAUUUUUUCGUCUUUUAUUUUAACGGAGUUCAUAAGUUGAAGGCAGCAUGGAUGAAGUUCUUUACAAAUACUUAAAGAAAGAAAAAAAAAAACAACAAAAAAACAAAAAACAAACUAAAGAAUUGAAGUACAUCUCGAAAACUUCAAAACAAAAAAAAAAAGAAAGAAUAAAUAAAAGCGAAAAAAAAACCCAAAAAACAAGAGCACAUACAUAUUCUGUAAUUAUAUACAUAUCAGACCUUUGAAGGCAUUUGUUGAAAUUAUAUAUUAAAAAAAAAAAAUUCUGAUUGUAAAAGAUGAAACAGAAGAAGGUUCUUGAGCUUAGUCUGAUAUCCAAAACUAAUGCACUGUAAGGCACCAACACACUCAAUAUAUUUGUAAAGAAUAAUAGCAGAUCUUUACUUGUUAUUGCCAUACUAUCGAACUUUUGAAUACAAUAACCAAACCUAUCAAACCUACAUCAAUUUAGAAACCAUGCGGCAUUCAAUAACUGUUCCCCGGCCAAUUGAAGCAGUAAUACGCUGUUAGAGUCAUUAAAUUUGCAAAACUAAAUGUCUGUAUUAUUGGAUUGGAGAGUUUCUUUUGUGGACAGGAAGUGAAAUUCAGCUAAACAUUUGUUAUAAACAAGCCAAAGUCAUGAAUGUUUCCCUCAUCAAGUAUUUCAUGUAUUUCCAAGACCAAAUUACCAGAAUUCAAGGCAAAAGUGUCAAGAAUUUUUUUUUCUCUGAAAAGCUUUAUUCUGAGGACGACACAACUGUAAUUAUUUUGACCAAUUCCCAGAGAUAUUUGGUAAAAGUGAUGCAUAUUUCAAUAGGACAACCACUUCAUUUUGAUGGACAACACAUCAACCAACCAUAAGAAUCAAAUCACUCACUAAUCUCCAGUUUUAUUUCCCCCCCACCCACCUACCACCACUACCAUUAUUAAUCAUUACAGAAAUAAGGAAUAAAAAUUUAAAAAAAAAAAAAUUUUUUUUUUUUUUUUGCAAAAAAAAAAGAAAAUCCUCAGAAGAACACUUGAAGAAGAACUUUGCCGACUGAACUUCUGGAAUAAAUUUAGCUUGACUUUUUUUAUAAGGGACCCAAGUGUAGAAGAAGAAGAAGAAGAAGAAGAAGAAGAAGUCAAAAAAAAAAAAAGAAAAAAAAAGAAAAAAAUUUCUAUAUAAUUUCUAAACUCGAGCUUUUUUAAAGUUCAGUGCUUCACUGUAAGGAUGACUAUUUUCAACUUUGGCAGUAUGUAACAUUCACAAGGAACAUAGUGUUUUAUUUCCGGAGUUUGUUUUUUUUUUUUUUUAAUUCUUGUUCUUGUUUUUGUUUUUUGUUUUGUUUUGUUUUGUUUUGUUUUUUCUGUUCUGUUUCCGUUUCCACCAUUAGGUGUUGCUAUUACCUUACCUUGUAAAUGAUGUAUCCUGGUUAAGGUGAGUAUAUUCGUACUUAGCAGUUAAGUGUUGAAGUCUUGAAGACGAGUAUAGCUUCCAUUGUCAGCCAGACUGUACUGUUAAAAAAAAAAAAACAACAUAUUUAUGCCAAACACUUCAUCAACUAAACAACUCCCACACCUCUAGGACAUUUUGGUAAACAACCACAAACAUACAUACAUACACACACACAACAAAAUACAUACAUAGAUACACACGCAUUUACACAUACAUCCACUCGUACACACACACACACACACACACACACACACACACACACAUGCAUAUAUAUAUAUAUUUAUACAUACUACAGCAUUUACUAAAAACUCUCCCUCGCACAUUACAAAACUAUGCAAAUUCAACAGACCAAAA